CUCGAUGUGAGGCUACGGAAACAUGACCCGGAAGUUGAUUGUAGUUUGUAGCGGAUGACUGGCACACACGUGUGGAUUUUGCAAAUCGGAGAGAAGUGCAGCGAUGUCUGCAUCACUACUUAGGAAAGGACUGGAUUUGUUGAGUCCGGAUGGAAGUGGACCGAAGAAAAGUUCUGGAAGCAAUCAGAAAGUGCCCUUGAGCAGCCACAAAACGGGAAUGAAAAAACAGCUCAAGAGGCUCAAGCGACAAGGUGUACCCCAAAAGGAAAAGGCAACCGCCAAGGGCAGAGUAAUCAAAUCAGCAGUAGAGGAGUUUAAGAAGAACAGCACAAAGGAUUACUUGGCGCAGAACAUGAAAUACAUGCUCGAGUCCCACCAAGUUGCAUCCAAAACUGUUGUGAAAAAUAUCCUGAAACAAAACAUUGGGCGCAAAGCAAAGGACCAGCGAGUGAAACAGCAAAGUAAAGUACAGCAAAAGUCUGUGUUCUCAGAUGCUGACUUUAAACGCUUUGAAAAAGAAUACUUUGGGAAUCGAUAGAACUCAGCCCAGGACCUGGAAAAUGACUGAACGCUGUAGGUUACCUUUUGGCAAUUUGGUAACCCUAGAAUUCAUAGCUUUUUCACAGAAAAGUAUCUACAGUGAAUGGCUAUAAAGUCUUUCACUUGGCUGUAAAAUAAGUUGUAAAGCCAACUUAUUUUUUUGUCUGUGAAGUACAGAAUUAAAUAUUUGGAGUACAAUUUUAUUGUGUUCAUAUGUCAUUCCAAAACUAGGCAGAUAUGUGUUCUCUUUAAAAAUUAUUUAUAUAACAUGAUCAUCAAUUUGUUAUAAAGUAUGCUUCGUGGUGUAGGAUGACAAUUUAAACCUCCGGACUAUUUUUUUCUUUUCAAUUUUGUGGAUGUAUUUUGCCAUUUUUUGCAAUUUGUGUGUUUCGCAAUGUGUCAUUAAAUUUCACAUUUUACGUAGAAAAAAAAAAA